GGUGGUAUUUCGCCAAGCCUGGUUGGUUCCUCAGGCUUUAUCGUGGACAAACGUUAAAGGCGUCUUCUUUGAUGAUGAACAACUAUCAGGCGGCUGCUGCAGCCGCACACAGCUUCGGUCCGUCGGCCUCGCCACAUGCAGCGGCUGCCACCACGGCCACACGGCAGGGCUUUCCUUCUACCAAUUCGCCCGGACCAACCAUUGACAUGUACAGCUCGGCCGGGGCCGAUAAUGUGGGCUAUGUACAGGCUACCAGUCCGCAGCCAUCCGGCUUUCCCAUAGCCGUCAGCCGUGCCCCAUUGAACUACAGCCCGAUUUAUUCGUUGAACUUUGCGAUGGCUAAUAUAUAAAAAGACUGAUAACCCAAAAUAUAAAACAAGAAUACAAACAAAUGCAAGAAGGACCACUAAUUCCUGCGGCAUUUACAAAUGGAUACCAUUAAAAAGGUGGCGCCGACAACCGCAAUGACAACAACAACAACAACAACAACAACAACAACAACAGCAACAGCAACAA